AUGACUAUCGAUUAUCAAUGGUGGAAAACAGCUACAAUCUAUCAAAUUUGGCCUGCUAGUUAUAAAGAUUCAAAUGGUGACGGUAUUGGUGAUAUUCCGGGUAUUAUUUCAACUUUAGAUUAUCUUAAAGAUUUAGGUAUUGAUGUUAUUUGGUUAAGUCCAAUGUAUGAUUCUCCACAAGAUGAUAUGGGAUAUGAUAUUAGUGAUUAUCAAAAAAUUUACCCCAAAUAUGGUACAUUAGAAGAUAUGCAAAAUUUAAUUGAUGGUUGUCAUAAACGUGAUAUGAAAAUUAUUUGUGAUUUAGUUGUUAAUCAUACAUCAUCAGAACAUUCAUGGUUCAAAGAAUCAAGAUCUUCAAAAACAAACCCCAAAAGAGAUUGGUAUAUUUGGAAAAAACCAAAAUAUGAUGAACAAGGUUAUAGACAACCACCAAAUAAUUGGGGAUCUUUUUUUUCAGGUUCAGCUUGGGAAUAUGAUGAAUUGACUGAUGAAUAUUAUUUAAGAUUAUUUGCUAAAACUCAACCAGAUUUAAAUUGGGAAAAUCCAGAAACUAGAGAUGCAAUUCAUAAUGAUGCUUUAAAAUGGUGGUUUGAAAAAGGAGUUGAUGGUUUUAGAAUUGAUACUGCUGGUUUAUAUUCAAAAAAUCAAGCUUUUCCAGAUGCACCAAUUGUUUUUCCGGAUUCAAUUUAUCAACCAUCAGGUAGAUUAGCACAUAAUGGACCAAGAAUUCAUGAAUUUCAUAAAGAAAUGUAUGAAAAAGUUACUUCAAAUUAUGAUGCAUUUACUGUUGGAGAAGUUGGUGAUUGUACAAAAGAAGAAGCUUUGGAAUAUGUUAGUAAAUCAAGUCAUGAAAUGAAUUCAAUCUUUUUAUUUGAUGUUGUUGAAUUAGGUUGUGAUAAAAAAGAUAGAUUUAGAUAUAAUGGCUGGGAUUUAAUUGAUUUGAAAAAAGCUGUUGAAAAUCAAUGUGAUUUUGUCAAAGGUACAGAUGCUUGGGCUACUUCAUUUAUUGAAAAUCAUGAUCAACCACGUUGUAUUACAAGAUUUGGUAAUCAAAAAAAUUUUAGCAAGAGUGGUAAAUUAUUAGCAAUGUUAGAAACUACGUUGACUGGUACAUUAUUUAUUUAUCAAGGUCAAGAAAUUGGUAUGACUAAUUUACCAAGAUCUUGGGGAAUUGAAGAAUAUAAGGAUAUUAAUACAAUUAAUUAUUAUAAUGCUUUUAAACAACAAUAUGGUAAAGAUGCCGAUUUUAAAGAAAAAGAAGAAAAAUUAAUGGAUGUUAUUAAUUUAAUUUCAAGAGAUCAUGCAAGAUCACCAGUUCAAUGGAAUUCAGAUAACUAUGGUGGAUUUUCAACCGUUGAACCAUGGACAAGAGUUAAUGAUAAUUAUAAAGAAAUUAAUGUUGAAAAUCAAUUAUACGAUAAAUCAUCAAUUUUACAAUUUUAUAAACAAUCAUUAAAAUUAAGAAAAAAGUAUAAAGAUUUAUUUAUUUAUGGUACUUUUGAAAUUUUAGAUUAUGGUAAUAAAAAAUUAUUUACAUAUAUUAAAAAAUCACCAACUUCAAAUCCACCAAAAGCUUAUGUUGUAUUGAACUUUUCAACUGAUUCAGUUAAAUUUGAGAGAUUGAUCGAUAGUCUGUUUGAAUUGGUACAUGCUAAUGUUGAAGAUGUAGAUGAUGAUUUAUUAUCACCAUACGAAGGUAGAGUUUAUAUAGUAGAAUAA